AUGGUCGCAGCUGGGUUACCUUCCACGAUAGAGGAAGUGGAAGGUCACAGGCGGUGGUCUGGCUAUGCAUCCGUCCGAGGACCAAGAUGGGCAAGAAUGUCCUUGUUGACCGUUUGUCUUCUGGGUCUACAAAUGACGUGGUCAAUUGAAAUGAGCUAUGCCUUUCCAUAUCUUCUCACUAUGGGAGUUUCGAAGGCGCUGAUGUCUCUUGUUUUCGUGGCGGGACCGCUCUCUGGGCUCGUUGUGCAACCAGUGAUUGGCGUAUUCGCUGAUCGGUCAAAAUCGCGCUGGGGUCGUCGACGACCUUUCAUGUUGGCGGGCUGCAUGAUCAGCAUUGGGUCACUACUUCUCCUUGGCUUUACACGCAACUUUGUAUCUAUUUUGGUGGAUGCCUCCACCCAGCUGGGGCAAUCGGUCACGGUUAUUUUUGCGACUGUUUCGAUCUACUUCCUUGACUUUUCCAUCAAUGCAGUUCAAGCAAUGGAUCGUGCGUUGUUAGUAGACACGCUCCCUGCAUCGGAGCAGGAGCUUGGAAAUGCCUGGGCGGCGCGAUUGAUGGGCCUUGGAGGAGUGUUGGGUUUUUUCAUGGGUUACAUGGACCUUGUUGCAUGGUUUCCAUUCUUAGGGCGCACCCAGCUGCAAGUUCUGGUGGUCAUCGGUUCUAUCAUUCUGUUGGGUACCCACAUCCUCACAGCUGUGUGUGUCACAGAGAAAGUGCUUGUUGAUGACACAGACGACGGGUCCCGAGCCGGUCUUUUCCGAAACAUGGGGGACAUAUGGCGCAACAUCCAAACAUUGCCGCCACGCAUCCGUCGGAUUUGCAUUAUACAAUUUUUCAACUGGAUUUCAUGGUUUCCCAUACUGUUUUAUUCGUCUGAAUGGGUCGGCGAGAUUUACACUCGAACUCAGGUGACAAAAGGUCGAAGUCCAGAUGACCCUGAGAUCUUGUCUGAAGCAAUGCGCAUCGGAUCUGAGGCCCUUUUUUGGCAAGCUGUGGUCGUUCUCAUCACAAUGAUUCUAUUGCCUGCCCUUCUGGUGUACGCCGAGGAUGCGUUUGCCUCCCGAACCGCUAUGUCCGAGCGACCUGCAACAUGGCCCUCGUCAUGGCUCCCUAUUCGUGUGCUACGUGUUAUUACACUCCCCUAUCUUUGGGCCAUCUGCCAUCUACUUUUCGCAGUUAUGAUGUUCUUGACCUUCAUUACGCAUUCCGUAUGGGAGGCAAGUUGCAUAUUGGCGGUCCUGGGCAUUCCGUAUGCAGUCACUAGUUGGGCACCAUUUUCUUUGCUCGGCGAGGCCAUUCAGGCAGAGGUGGAAGCAGUAGUCGGAGAAGAAGUGUUUGCACUCCAAGACCGUGAAAUGCCUGGCGCUGUUGGUAGCAGUGCCGAACGGACUGCCUUAAUUUCCUCCACAGAUGAGGACGAGGGUAUCGACUUGCCGCAAAUGAAUAUGCACUCUGGCAAACCUGACCAGGAAUUGCCCAGUACCGGCGCCCUUGAUAUAGGCACCGAAGUGGCCCACGUGGAGAGGCCGCGUAAGAGCAACCAUCUUUCCGAGAAAGCGGGGAUUAUGCUGGUAGGCUGUUACCUGACAUCCCAGGGUAUUCACAACAUUUUCGUCGUAAUCCCUCAGUUCCUCGUGAACGGGCUGUCCGCUAUCGUCUUUGCUCUGUUAGCCUCUCAUCAAGCUGCACUUCAUGACCGUACAGAAGAUGCACUCAACGUCCGUACCAAUGACACCGUUACCAUAGUCCCGGUAACGCCUACCGCCCAAGAUGUGGAUUCAAUUGGUGUAAUUCUUCGGUGCGUAUCACUGCCGUGA